AUGGCUUCUCCCGGCGCCGCCGCCGCGCCGCCGAACAAAGCCGCGCUCCCCCUCCGCCGCGCUCGGCCCCCCGCGCCCGCCGCCCCCGGCCGCCAGCCCCGCCAAAACGCCGCCCCCGCCGCGAAGGGGCUCCGCGCUCGGCCCCCCAUCGGGCGGCGGGGGGCGGCGGGGCCGGGGCGCGGACGGGAGGCGCCCCCCCCCCCCCCCGGCCCCUGCCUAGCGCAGCGCUCUCUAACAAAGGCUCCCGUGCAGCCAUUAUCGCCGCCGCUACGCUCCUCCGCGUCGCCAGAAAAAGAGUGCGGAGAGCCCCGGGGCGGCCCCCCGGAGCCCGGCCGAGGGCAAGGGGAGGUGGGGAGAGAGAAGCCGGGGCGAAAGCGAAAGUACUGGCGGCGCGGCGCGGGGAAGAAGCGAUGCGGGGCUCCGCCGCGGGCGCAGCCCCGCCGAAGACACCUUCCCGAGCAGGGGAAGAGCGGCAGAGGCAGAGGCGAAGGGAUCGGGGGAGUUUGGAGGCGGCGGCGGCGAGAAAAAAACUGCUUCGCCGGGACCGACGGGCGCAGCGCGCAGGGUUUAUCCCUGUCAGAUGCUAAAGCGACAGCCAUAUUAAUGCAGAAUAAACAGCGGGCACAGCACUGCGCACGGCCAACAACUUUCCCACCGCCGCCAGCCCCACCGAGCCCACCCGGGGAACAGGGGCAAAUAAAAACCGAGGGCGCCGCGCGUUUUGCCGUGCGACAUUAG